AUGAAUAUUGAUUGGGAUUCAAUUGAAAAUUUAAAGAGAGCAGAAUUACAAAAACUAUGCAAAGAUUUGAAAUUAAAUAUAAAAGGUACAUCAAAGAAUACUGAAUUAGUCACAGCAUUAUUAGAAUAUAAAAAUACAUUAAACACCACCACUAAAGAUGAUGAACCACAACAACAACCACAACAACAGAUUGAAAGUAUAAUAGAUCAUAAUGAUGAUAAAAAUGAAAAUGAAAACACUGAUAAUAAUAAUAAUAAUAAUAAUAAUAAUAAUAAUAAUAAUAAUAAUAAUAAUAAUAAUAACAAUGAUGAACGAAUGAAUAUAGAUAAUAAAGAAAAUGAAGAACAUGACGACAAUAAAAAUCAAACUGAAAAAGAAAUCGAAACUGAAAAAGAAACUAAAAAAGAAAAUGAAAAUGAAAAUGAUAAAGAAAAUGAAAAAGAAAAUGAAAAAGAAAAUGAAAAAGAAAAUGAAAAAGAAAAUGAAAAAGAAAAGAAAUUACUUGUACAAAAUGAAAAUGAAAAUAAAAAUAAAAAUAAUAAUAAAAUAGAAGAAGAAGAAGAAGAAAAAAAUAAAUUUAUUGAACAACUUAAAAUAAAUGAUGAAAAAAAAGAAAUUGAAAUGGAUAAUGAAAAUGAAAAAAAUUCCCACACUGGACUUAAAUUUAGAAAUUAUAUACCAAAAGAUCAAACAUUUUUAAAAUAUAGAAUUGAAAAAGCAGUAGUACCACCUAUUGCUCAAGAAUUAAUGUCAAGAUUAAAAGUUUUAGAAGAGAAUCAAGAUAUUCAAAUUUCUUUUGUACCAAAAAAAGUAAAUUGGGAUUUAAAGAGAGAUUGUUCAAAGAAAUUAUUAAAAUUAGAAAAACAAACUGAAAAGGCAAUUUAUCAAUUAAUUAAACAAAAGUUAGGAAAAGAAGAAAUUAAUGAAUCAAAUAUUUAUUUAUUAAAUAAAAAUAUGGGAAAAUUUAAUUAUCAAUAA